AUGAAGGACAAACGAAGGUCGAACUGCAUCAAGGAGCGCUGGGGCUGCGCCAAGCUAAGGUACGUGAAGUCGCAGAGGGGUAACACGUUGUUACGCUUGAACAACUAUAACUUCACUCUAAGGAAACGUACCUCGAAAGUGCACAACAAGAAGCGCUGGGUAUGCUCCACCCAUAUUAACAGGGGCUGCAAGGCGGCGGUUACCACCAUCAAUGACGCUGUGGUGAGCCGCAAAUACGAGCAUAAUCAUCAGCCGACGACGUUCGUGACCUCGCAAAGGGGCAACACCUUGCUCCGCAUCGGCAGUUACACGUUCUACUACAAAAAGCCCAAGCCCGGCGGGACGGCGCAUAAGAAGCGUUGGGUGUGCUCGACACACUUCAGCAGGGGCUGCAAGGCCGUUGUCUACACGGUGGACGACGAGAUCGUGACCCUGAGGCACGACCACAGCCACGAGCCGACCAACACGUAUCGCGGCAAAUAU